UUGUCUCUGGUUCUAUGAAUACGUCUUGUCUUGUCAAGUCAAUCAGCUGUUUGAUAUUUUUGUUUUGUUUUUGUGACAGCAUCAAAAGAAAAAUGGCUGAUAUAAAAUCUCUGGAACAUCCUACUUUGAAAGUCCCUUAUGAAAUCCUGAAUAAGGAAUUUCGUAAAACACAAAAGAACAUUGAUCGGGAAAUAUCUCACAUAAACACCGCUUCUUCGGAGAUCAACAAAUUUUGUUCUGGUGAAAAUGUGAAAGCUAGAGAUGUUGGCUCCCUAUUAGGGGGUAUGGUGGAAAAGCUACAGGUUUUGAAGAGAAAAGCUGAAGAAGGUAUCGCUGAGGAACUGAGCACUAGUAAUACUUGUAAAAAACGUUUAGAUCAUUUGAAAGAGCAAGCGGAAGCUGUCACAAACCCCAAUGUAUCUCAAGGGAUGCUGAAUCAGUGGAGACGUAAACGGUUAGAUAGGAUGGUUGUAGAAUAUUUCUUGAGGAAUGGUUAUUAUAAUGCUGCUAUAAAGCUUGCUGAAAGAUCAGGAGUGAAGGACUUGACAAAUAUUGACAUCUUCCUGACAUCCAGGGAGGUAGAAAAAUCUUUAGCUAGAAAAGAAACAGCAAAGUGUCUGGCUUGGUGCCAUGAUAACAAAUCCAAAUUGAGGAGACUCAAAUCCAAUAUGGAGUUCAACAUUCGUAUUCAAGAAUUUGUAGAGCUUGUCAGGGCCGAUAAAAGAAUGGAUGCUGUCAAACAUUCCAGAAAGUACUUUCCAAUUUUUCAAGACGAACACCUGGAUAAGAUAAAAGAAGUCAUGGGUUUGCUGGCUUUUCCUAAUAACACACAAAUAGCUCAUUACAAAGCCCUAUUAGACGCUAACAGAUGGGAUACAUUGAUUGAAGAGUUUAGGCAAGAGAAUUAUAGGUUAUUCCAGUUGGCUUCGCAGUCAGUGUUCACUGUUGCGUUAGAAGCAGGCUUGUCAGCAUUGAAAACACCUCAGUGUUACUCUGAAGAUGAAGCUAGGAACCCAGCUUGCCCUGUUUGUCAGGAGGAUAUGAAUAAAUUAGCUGAACCUUUGCCGUUUGCACACUGCUCUCAGUCCAGACUCUACUGCCAUAUUAGUGGUCUACCUCUGAAUGAAAAUAACCAGCCUAUGAUGCUUCCAAAUGGUUGUGUUUAUGGAGAACAGGCCUUGGCGCAAAUGGCAAGGGAAAACAACGGUCAAAUAAUAUGCCCUAAAACGAAAGAAGUGUUUCCCUUCAAGAAAGUUGAUAAAGUAUUUGUAAUGUAAAUAUAAAUGUGAUUGGCUUUUUUAGAGCACUAAGCAUUUAUUUACAAUGUAAAUAGUAUUUUCUUGGAUAAGUGAACAUAUAAUACCAUGCAAUAUCUUUUCUUCUGUUACUGCAAGAACUUUCUUUAAUUUCAAAGAAUUUCUUGCUCUUCCAUGAUUAAAGUAUUAGAAUUGAAUGUUAAUCAUUGUUUACUAAAAUUCUAUCUUUUAACAUUUGAUGAAUUUAUGAAUGUAAUUGUCAAAUCAAAAUCAAGUGAAAUUCAAUAAAAAAUAUCAACUUCA